AUGGGCAGCACCCUGAGUUCGCUGCAGCCCGCGCCGCCAACCCGGGUUCAGGGGCGCCUGAACCCUCAGCUCCAGCUGACUCCAGCUCCUGCUCUGGAACGUGUUCAGCAUGGCCACAAUGAUACCUGGGUCCAGAGUGGGCCAGUUCCAAAGAUGCCACCGGCCUGGAACUUCACCAAGCCAGGGAAGGAGGGAACCGAGUCGUGGGGGGGCUUCUCCACCAGGUCAUCCCCAGAGACCAUGAUGGGACCGGAUCUUUCCAGCGCUUGGGAGAAUUACAUGAAGCGACGGCUCUGGAGUGCCCGGAACCCAAGACGGACCUGGAGCCCGGUGACCAUCAAGAUCGCCCCUCCUCAGCGCAGGGAGAGCCCAUUGGCAUCCCAGGGGCAGGGAGCCCCCUCUGCUGGACGCCCAGACCCUUGCUCCAGGGAGACCGUGCUGAGAGCACUCAGCGAGUGCAAGAAAGGGAACAGGAGGUUUGAUGGACCACUGUGGUUUGAAAUCCCAGAGAUCAAGAGCAGGAGGCAGAACCCAGAGCCCAGGCCAUCUGCCUUCAAGCCCCGGAUAAAAAACGGAGUAGUGCCUGCCUUUGUACCAAGGCCUGGGCCUCUGAACCCAAGUCUCUGCUCCUGGAGCCUCAGCCUCUGCAAUGUGCAGACUGACUGCACAUCCUAUGUGGAGCCUUCCUUGUCUGCUGCCCAGUCUGUCCAAGGAGCUGCAACCGGGCUGGGCACUGAGUCUCAGCCGGAGAGCUGGGAGAAUAUUCAGCCUUCCUGUGGCCUUCACAGGCCUCCUGAGCACCAGAAAGGUGCCUGUAGGGUCCCAAUUAUCUCUGAGGGCACCCAGCCUGCUGGUCCCUUUGGUUUCUGA